AUGUCGGCUUCGCUUCCUGGUAACCGCGCUCUACCAGCAUCUCAGUAUGACUUGAGUACCUACUGGGGUCGCGUGAGGCACGCUGCCAACUUGUCCGAUCCAAGAACAUUGUUCACCUCCUCUGCUGGUCUCGAACAUGCAAAAGACCUGGUCACCUCGUACAAGCAGGGCAAGAUUCAAUCCAUGACUCCGGACUUGUGGGAAGCAAAGAAAGUCAUCGAUGCUACUCUCCAUCCUGACACUGGCGAGAAGGUCCUCCUUCCCUUCCGCAUGUCCGCCUACAUCUUCUCCAACUUGGUUGUAACAGCUGGUAUGCUCACUCCCGGCCUCAGCACCGCCGGAACAUUGGGCUGGCAAGUCGCCAACCAGUCUCUUAACGUUGCCAUCAACUCCUCGAAUGCCAACAAAUCCAUUCCUCUCUCCACCUCAACUAUGGUGCAAUCCUACUUCNNCCUUGCUGUCGGCGCAAGUUGUGGUGUUGCUCUUGGUCUUAACUCGAUUGUUCCUCGCCUGAAGCGUGUCAGUCCUAACACUAAGAUGCUUCUGGGUAGAUUGGUGCCAUUCGCUGCUGUGGCCAGUGCAGGUGUGUUGAACGUGUUCCUCAUGCGUGGAGAGGAGAUUCGCAAGGGUAUCGACGUAUUCCCUACCGAAACCGAGGCACAGAAGCUCAAGCGUGAGGAAGCCGGCCAACCCCUGCAAUCGCUCGGAAAAUCGAAGAAGGCAGCCACUCUUGCCGUUGGCGAGACUGCUAUCUCGAGAGUCAUUAACGCUACCCCUAUCAUGGUCUUACCUCCUCUGUUUCUCGUUCGUCUGCAGAAGACUCAGUGGUUGCAACAGAGACCGAGAAUGGUUACUCCUGUCAACUUGGGGUUGAUCUUCGCUACCAGUGUCUUCGCGCUGCCUUUGGCUCUGGCUAUCUUNCCCCAAAGACAGGCUGUCAAGGCCAAUACUCUGGAGGCUGAGUUCCACGGUCAUGCUGGUGAUGAUGGAUGUGUGGAGUUCAACAGAGGUAUCUGA